AUGGCGUCGACUACUCAUUCCAGCUCCAAAUCAUCAUGGGACAAAGCGAAGAUUGGCGGCAAGCGGUUCUUCGACAAAGUCGGCCAGGGCGUGAAUAGAGUCAGCGAAAAGGCCGGCGCCGAAGCCUUCUGGCCCACGUCGCUGGACAAGGAGUCGGAGAAGGCGGCCAAGAUCCUGCGCAGUUUCUGCAUCGAUGGCUUCAGGCCGGGGAAAGACCAUACGACGCUCGAGCACAUUGCUCCAGAGCAAUCGUGCGCAAACUCAUCUCCGCCACAACAGAUCUUCCGCAACGCCCGCGGGGUAGCCGUCUUCACCGUCCUGCGCGCAGGCUUCCACUGGUCCGGCGCAGGCGGCAGCGGCGUCGUCGUCUCCCGCCUGCCGAACGGGCAAUGGUCGCCUCCGUCCGGCAUCCUCAUCCACACCCUCGGCUGGGGCCUGAUGGCCGGCGCCGACAUCUACGACUGCGUGUGCGUCAUCAACGACGAAAAAGGCAUGGAGGCCUUUACGCGGGUGCGGUGCACGCUGGGCGGCGAAGUGAGCGCCACGGUCGGCCCGCUGGGCGCCGGCGCCAACGUCGAGUCGCAACUGACGCACCCGGCGCCCGUGUGGUCGUACACGAAGUCGAAGGGCUUGUACGUGGGCGUGCAGAUUGACGGGACGGUGAUUGCCGAGCGGACGAGCGAGAACGAGCGCUUCUAUGGCAUUGAGGGGGUGAAGAAUCGGCAGAUUCUGGCGGGCGAGGUGCAGGUGCCUGCGGGGAGUAUGGUGCAGUUGUGGGAGACGCUGCAGGCGUGUGAAGGGGGGAAGCAUGAUCAGAGUCGACUCCCGCUGCCGGGGCGCGCGCCGAGUGAUCAUCAGCUGAAUCAGCCGAGAGAGGAGAGCCAGCGGGAGUUUGACGAAUUGGGGCAUCAUCCUGAGGAACGAAUGGACUCGAAGGAUGCAGGAGGGCGAGUGUGA